GUGAAAGGUUCACUUCCGGGGCCAGUUUUUUAUGUCAACUUAGUUCAGCGGUGAUUGAAUGAAUAUUCACGUUGUGAAAGUUUAGCGAGUGUGAACGUCACUCUAGUUCACAUUAUCCGACACGCGCAGGUUAUCGCAGACGCGAAGACAAGCGAACAACCGUGUUUGUCAUCGAUUAUUAUAGCGAUGGUGAUGUUUAUUGUCUCCGUGCGAGGCAAAGUUGCACAGAGGACAGCACAUGCCCGUCACAUUUGCAGGCCAGAGGGUGGGCGUGCGCAUUCAUCUUCAUAUUGAUAAUAUUUGCACUUCUAUUUGUCGCCAUCUCUCAUUGAGGGGAGUUAUAAAUAAUGUUGACUUACUGCGUCAGACGCCUCCUAACAAGACAGGAGUCCUCACACACCUCACUGUUCAGCGUGUCCCAGGCUCUGCAGGUCAUCAGGGGACGCUGUAGCGAUACACAUGAGGAUUUCGAUCAAGUCUCGACUUUACUGAACCUCUGCACCGACAGGCACUACAUCUCCCCCGACCAAAGCCACAGAGACUCAUUCCAGCGCGGGCUGAGCUGCAGCUACGCCCCCCUGGGUUUGGAGUUGAGGAAGAACCUCCUGGAUCAGUGGUGGCACUCUGUGACCAGGUCCAGGGCUCAGGUGUUUGGGAUCAGCACUCUGAGCUGCAGCCAGGAGAGAGCCGUGGGUGGAGACAGGGAGCUGAAGGUGGUGGACACUGAGAGCCUAAACCAGGUGCUGGACCUGAAGGAGCUCAGCAGGGCACAGCUCAGCCAGGAGGCACAGAGGCUUCUCCGGAGGAUGGCGUCUUUAAGAACAAACAUUUUUCAAGGUGCUUUGGAGCAGUAUGUCCCCUCACUGGAUCUGGUGAAAAAGAAGUUGCCCUUUGGCCUGGCUGAGACCGGCCUGUGCUUCCAGCCGUCAGAUGGCUCUGGUUGCCCAGCAGAAGUGACCCAGACGUCUCUUGUGUGGUUCUGCUCUCCUCGGACGUCCGGUCAGUGGCUCGACCACUGGGCACAACAGAGGCUGCAGUGGUGGAGGAAGUUUGCCUUGGGUACAUCAGACUUCAGUAGCAGUGACAUCCCAGAGGAUGAGCUGGGAGCGGGGGUAUCUCGCGGUGUGAGGAUCCUCUACAGUUUCCCAUGGGGAGCUGAGCCGCUGGAGACGCUGUGCAACCGAGGAGACGCUGAGCUGCUGCAGGCGCACAAAGGAGUCCGCACCAAACUACUGUGUCGGGACGGGCGGAAGUCGGUGGUCCCUCAUGUGGUCUCUGUAACUGGGAACAUGGACCGUGGCGUGAUGGCUUACCUGUGCAAUUCACUACAACAGCUGAAGAGAGUUGAAGACAGCAAACACGUCCUGAAGCAGAGAAAGGUUCUUAAGUUGCAUCCAGUGUUGGCUCCUGUCAAAGUGGCUGUGAUCAUGGUUAGGGGAGCCACAGUGGAGAUCAGGCAGGUUUGUGAAGGGCUGCUGCAGGAGUUCCUGGAGGCGAGGAUCUCAGCUUGGCCUGGAUAUCUGGAAACUAUGUCAACCUCAGUGGAGCAGCUGUAUGCCAGGUACGAUGAGAUGGGCGUUCUCUUCGUGGUGGUGGUCAGUGAGAACACGCUGGAGAGCGGCCUCCUGCAGGUCCGCAGCAGAGACACCACUAUCAAGGAAACCAUGCACAUCUCCGAGGUCAAAAACUUCCUUGCAAGAUAUAUAUCUGCUGCCGACAACAUCUGAGUGGGCUCCCAUUCAUGAGGAGUGCAAGAGAGGACUGCCAAGCACAGAGUAUUUCUGCUGCAGAGACUAUUGUAUGAAAAUCAGUCGCUUCCUGGGAACUUGAUAUGACCCAGACAGGCACUGUGGAUGAACUGUGUGUUCAUGGAUGUUUGGCAGAUAGGUGGCCGUUCUGUUUUUUCACCUAGAGAGCAAAGACACUGAAACCAGAAUUGGCAGAAUUGGAGGAUGAGAUGUGCAUACUGCAUAGAUUGCAAAGUUCUUGUACACUGACAUCAUGCUUGAACCCCUCAAGUCCUAUUGGCCAGUUCCCCAGCUUGCACCUUUAUUUGCUUGAUUAUAUCCCGAGGGGAAACGGUGGGCCUCAUGUGCAUAACAGCAUGUGAUCAGGACUGUGUCACUGUGAAAAAUAAGACGGACGAUUGGCAAAGUUUGGUGUGUCUUUCAGCUUUCGGCAAAGUAUACAGUAUCAUUAAAAUAUCUCACUUUUUUAAUUGUU